AUGGUGAGUUCAAACUGCAUUUCACAAGUCCAACAGCAAGACGCUGAGACCUGUGGACUAGAAUCAGGACAAUAUAGUGCACAUCCAUGAUGACUUUCAGAGCCUUCACUCGAUCACUCGUCUACGAGAGCCCUAAUGUCCCUAAAGAGAAGGACACAUCCAGCAUCCACUGUCUGGAGUGCUACGGCAGGAACAUCUACAUCGGAACCAGGGGCUCGGUGGUCCAGCACCUGACCCUACCCAGCAGCUCACGCUUAGAAGCCGACCUGGACGGGACCACCAGAGAGGGGAGGAGGAGGAAACUCGGCUCUGGCGGUCCAGUAUCCCAGCUGCGGGCCGUGCCAGUUCUGAACCACCUCCUGGUGCUGUGGGACCGCUCCCUCAGCGCCUUCAACAUGUUCUCUCUAGACCCAGCCCCCUCACUGAAGAGGAUCCAGCACGUGUCUCUGUUCCAGGUCUGUGAGUCGUCUCUCUCAACCCAGUCCCAGGGUGUGAGCGUGGAGCUGGUGACCGCCUCCAGCAGGAAGCGUGGGAUCCGGAUCCACGUGUUGGGGGUGGACCGGUGGGAGUGUGUGAAGGAGGUGGCCCUGCUCCAGGACCCCGUGGCCCUGGCGGUGGAGGACACCGUCGUGUGUGUGGCCACCGGGAACAGAUACCUCCUCCACGACUACAAGACGGGCAACGGCGUGGAUCUCUUCCCUCACAACCUCAACAAGCAGAAUGUCAUCGUGAGCACGGCGGGGAAAGGAGAGUUCCUACUGAACGGACCUGACUGUUUGGGCAUGUUUGUUAUGAGUACGGGGGUGUGCCAGCGUCCUCCGCUCCAGUGGCCUGAGGGGGUGUUGGCGGCCGGGGUGUGUUUCCCCUAUGUCCUGACCCUCCUGCCCCAGGCCCUCCAUGUCUACAGCCUGGUGGACCAGCAGCUGAAAGAGACCGUCUGUCUGCUCGGUGCCAAGGGCUUGCUCCCAACCAAAGAUGGGGUGUAUGUGUUCACGGAGAGAGAGGUCAUCUUUCUGUCCAUGGUGCCUCUGGAGGAGCAGAUCCAGACCUUGGCUGGCUGUGAGAGGGUGCAGGAGGCCCUGGCUCUGCUGGGUGGAGUUCAACACCAGCUACCCCAGGACUCGUACCAGGAACUGGAGAAGACCAUAACUUGCAUGGUUGGAUUUGUUCACUUUCACCUGGGGGCCUUUACCGAAGCCAAAGAUUUAUUCAUUAAAGGUGAGCUGGACCCCAGAGAAGUCGUUUCACUGUAUCCAGACCUGGAGCCUGUCUGCGGGGCCUUCCGCUCCCACCUAACUCCACCCAGCCACGCCAGGGAUCUAAAAGCGCUACGGCAAGAGGACAGGGCCACGUUUCAGUUGUACCAGUGCUUCCUGGCGGAGUUUCUCAGCGCCGUCAGGGGGACGGAGCAGGGUCGGAGGAUCGGCGCUGAGGUGGACUGGGCCCUGCUGAGGCUCUACGCUGAGCAGGGAGACGCGGAGCAGCUGCACCUGCUGGUGUCCUCCUCCGAGGCGUGGGACCUGGACGCCAGCGUGGCCGUCCUCCAGCACCACCAGAGAUAUUUCUCCCUGGGAUUGCUCUACCAAAGUCACAAGGACCAUAUGAAUGCAAUCGAGACCUGGGUGAGGAUUGCAGAUGGACACUAUGAGGACACCUCGUGCUCAGCCGUCUAUGAGCACAUCGUACAGACUCUCAGCCUCCUGCCUUACAGCGACGUGGUGUGGGCGUUUGCAGACUGGACCCUUCUGAGAGACCAGGAGGUCGGAGUCCGUAUUUUCACCAGAAGAGACCCCGAGGAGACUCAUCUGUCAGUGCAGGAGGAGGUUCUUGUCUGCUUGAAAAAGUACCCUCAGGCGUUGGUUUGCUACCUAGAGUUUCUGGUUCAUGAUUUGAAAAGGGAGGAGGAGAAGCUCCACAGCCUUCUGGCUGUGGCAUAUGUUGCCCAGAUACAGCCGUCUCUCCACAGGAGAGAGGAGGCAGACUCUGGUGUGCGAGAGGCCAGAGAAAAACUGCAACAGUUGCUAUGGCAGUCGUCGCACUAUGAUAAUGCAGCUGUGCGCGCAAGACUCCAGCCGACAACCCUCCUUCUAGAGAAGGCCAUCGUUGUGGGGAGGGGUGGUGACCACCAACAGGCCCUGGAGAUGCUGGUCCACCAGGGGGGAGAGCUUCAGGACGCGUGGGCCUACUGUCAGAGGGCCGGCCGGGGCCAGACCAGGGAACUCAAGCAGAGCCUGUCCCUCGGCCUACUCCAAAUCUACCUGGGUUCCUCUGGUUUCACCAGCGCAGCCGUGGACCUCCUCAAUGCUAACGCUGCGGCCUUCGACCUGGAAACAGUUCUCCAGGUGCUUCCAGGGUCCUGGUCUCUCCAGCUGGUCUCCCAGUUCCUGCUGGGCUCCCUCAGAGGGACAUCUCACCAGAGGAGGAUGGGGGGAGUACAGAGGGGUCUGGCCCAGGCAGAGCUACUCAGACACAAGUACACUUGGGCCCAGGCCUCAAAAGGGAUGCUGAGAGUGCCCAAGGGUUGUGUGUGCACGGCGUGUAAGAAGGACCUCACAGACUCCGAGUUUGUGUGUAGUCUCACAGGUGAACUGACUCACACAACCUGUAGUAGCUGCACAAAAUCCUAGACACAGUCCUGAUUGGCUGGUGUGUGUGUGUGUGUGUUUAUGUUUGUGUAUGUGUCUGUGUCGGCAUGAGUCUGUCUGUCUGUGUUGACAAGUAUAAAGGCUUGUACUAGGGCCCAACACACAAAACAACAAAUCCUGUUUGGACUCCUGGUUAUGUUGACUCUGUAAAUAUCUUCAACUUACCCAGUCAUUAUGCUGGAUUAGCCACUAUCCUGGGGCUCUCAGAACACACUCCAAAUCAGGGAGCAGGGACUAGACACAUUUCCCAAUUAUAAAAAGAAUAAAAUAUAAAGAAUAAAAAUACACUUUGCAAAUAACUGAGUUGUAUGAAGGUUUUGCACAACAUCCAAACCCUGGUGUUAUGACAAGCAAUGUACAUUUAACUGUGGUUAUGUCAAAACCAUUCCCUUUUAAAAAACCAUAGAUAGACAGUACUGGCUGUGCUGUCAACCUGCGGACUCCAGAGAGUCUGGCCAUCCUGCUGCCCAGUCACUCUGAGUGUCCCUGCCCAUUCUAAUCCUUUCCAUUCCUUGUGUAUUUUCAGUUUAUGUUCCAUAUGGGGAUUGAAAUGAGACAGUACACAACCCGAUGUCAUGUAUAUAGGAUCGUAUUCCCCCACUAUCACUGUGUGAAAAAAACUAAUUGGAGACUCGGUUGGAAAUGCAGAUAUGUUAUAAAAAGGUCAUGUAGAAAUUGUCCUAUGUGGAAAAAAAAAUGGACUGCUAUUAAAUUCUUACCAGAGCAUGUCCUAUUUGUAACAUUGCCGUGUAUUGCAUUUAAUAAUACAUCAGCAAAUUGUAAGAUAUGGAAAUUGUUGUAAAUAAACUUAAAGACAUAUCAUUAAGUCCUAUGGAGGAACACCAGGCUCAAGAUUUAUUUAUCUAUUUUAGUCUCUAUUUAGUCGUUAGGCUAACCAUAAGUGCAACUAUUUCUUUAUGCUGAUACAUUUAGGAAUGCAAGCCAAGGAGACGCCUUGGGCCCAGAAACAGUGACUAGACUUGUGCUUCUGGCUGGUCUGUUUGUUCUGCGUCUCACACAAGUGUUUCCAGCUGAAAGCAAGGUGCUCCCACCUUGGGCAACAGCCUAUUUCAGCCAUGGUCAUGGUUGUUCUUGAUCAACCUACAGUGUUAUCAGUUUCGUUUAUAGAAGGAACAAGUGAACAUAGACUACAUAUCUGGAUCAGUUACUAUAUGAAAUACAUGAAUGUGAAGUACUUGCAUGCUACCAGUGUGAAGCCUUGAUUUGUUCUAGAAGGAUCAAUUUCAUAUUUGUUGUUGAAUGUCUGAUCUGACAUGGGACAUCUAAAACAGUUCUUCCAGCACUAUGGCUAACUCUGCCUGGCGCUGGGCUCCCAGAGGGGCUCAGAGUCAGUCUUGAGGCUGACCACUGAGUGGACCCAAGCAGCAUGGGGUCACUAUGGGAUCACUUCCACACUCCUCCACCCCCUCCUCUCCACCUCUCCUUCCCUCCUUUCCGGGCCAGACCAAGGAGGAAACUAAUGUUGUUUUGAAUACCGUGGGCUCCAAGCCUCAAAACAAUUUUUCUCGUCUCUGAUGUGCCUCGCUGCCUCUACAGAGCCAAAGGUGAAAACAAACAAUAAACAGACUCCACACAAACAUCAGCUGCACAGCAAACGUCAGCACAACAGAACGUGUGAUAAUUCGAAAGGAUGGGGGAUUCUCGAGGCAAUUGUGUUGCUUUGUUUUGCUCAAGCCCUCCAUUCUGCUGCCGAUGAGAGUGUAAGAUCCUUGCAAUCUGGUGCUGAGUGUUACGUGAGUGUGUGUCAUUGCAGGCAACAGCUCCCCUGGAAGUCAGCCGUGGAUCUUUAAAGGGACCAGGCCAGAUGGUCAUUUCACACAUGAGGGAACAGGAUGGAAGCAAAAAAAAUGCAAAAUUUCUGAAGGAAAGCAUGGUGGGGAUCCAGACAUUGGUCUCCAUUAUAAAUAUCCACCAUCACCACAGACACGGAAGAAGAAGGAAAAACAAGAACAUUUUAUUCUUGUGCUUCUCUAAAUUUAAAAAAGGCUGACUGGAUCAGAGUAGGCUUCUGUUUACAUGCACAUCUUGUUUUGUUCUGAACAUGCUCAGAAUAUGCGUAGGCCUGGGGAUGGAAGAUGGAUCAUGGUGAUUGUUUUGUUGAUUGUUUUAUUGUUUUAUUGUUGUUGAGUAUGGAACAUGAAUUGUAUCGUAAGUCCACCAAUAGAAAAUAUAUUUUCAUUAUCACUGUAUAUGCAGCUUUGAAUUGAUGAAUCAAUGAAUUUCAAGCCCAAUUUCUGAGCCUUUGCUUCCAACAAUAUACUGCAGUGCACUUAUUGAAAAUGAGAAAAAACAGCAGGUUGCUCAUUAAGUGAAACCCAUGGGAAAAAAUGAACCUUUGAUUCUUUGCAUCUCUGCCGUUUUAAGCAUAGCAGCCACAAAUUACUGCAUCAUGUCUCUUAUGACGCAUUUUUUUAGUCUCUUAGCGGUUGGCAAGAGACAAGGAGAAUCUUAAU